UCGAGAAAAUCUAGCAUUUUUCCCGAGAAAAUCAUUUUCCUCUGGUUCACCUUCUUUUUGCUCGCUUAAUACUUCGAUUCGAUUGAAUCCGGCUAACAAGUAACCUCACUAACGCAAACUGAUGGAUCGGAGGAGGGCGGGUAGCCCGGUUUAUGGUCGCCAGUGGAGCGAAUCAUCGAACAGUACGGAGUCUACGUCGCCGGCGAUGUCUCCUGCUCACCGGAAACAGCUCGGAGGUGUCGGAGGUUUCUCCACCGUCAAGCGAACACAGAACGUAGCUGCCAAAGCGGCGGCACAGCGAUUAGCUCAGGUCAUGGCCUUGCAGAACAAAGACAACGGGGACGAAGAUGACGAAGACGAGGAUGAAGAUCUAAGCCUCAGAUUCGCAUCUCCUUCACUAAAACCUGCUCGCCAUGCACCUUCUUCUCUUUCCUCCACUGGAAGCAAUAACAGCAACGGAAAUAGUAAUUUUCCGGCUGUUUCCUUCGCUCCCCGCACUAGAUCGCCGUCGCCUGCGAUAGGCAGGAACUUCGCCGAGCAAGUGCCUUCAGUGCGUUCUGCUUCGGCCGGAAGGCCGUCGAUGUCUGCUAGAUCCACGACUCCGACUGCGACUCCGACUCAUAAUCUAAUGCCUCCAAGUAGGGUGUCGGUGAAAGCUCCGAAUCCUAUUCCUCCACUUGAUCCUCCGACUAGGAACAGAGAUAAAAGGUUUUUUGCUGAUUUACCGUCAGUAAAUUCAAAAGAAAAGGGUGAUCAGCGGGAAGCUUCAGCUCUUCGUGAUGAACUGGAUAUGCUACAAGAAGAGAAUGAGGUUGUAUUAGAGAAGCUUCGUCGAGCUGAAGAAAAGAGGGUGGAAGCAGAAGCUAGGGCUAAGGAGCUCGAGAAACAGGUUGCCUCUCUUGGAGAAGGAGUGUCUCUGGAAGCGAAAUUGUUAAGCAGGAAGGAAGCAGCAUUGCGUCAAAGAGAGGCUGCUCUAAAUGUUGCUAAACAGAAAAAGAAUGGGAAGGAUGAGGAAAUUGUUUCCCUACGUUCAGAACUUGAGAGCUUGAAAGACGAGGCUAUAACUGCUGCAGAAAGGCUUCAAGAAGCGGAGUCUGAAGCGAAGUCUCUUCGCACUAUGACUCAAAGAAUGAUUUUAACACAGGAUGAAAUGGAAGAAGUAGUCCUAAAGAGAUGCUGGCUUGCCCGGUAUUGGGAUUUGGCUGUACAACAUGGCAUUUGUGCGGAUAUAGCACCGUCCAGGCAUGAGCACUGGUCAGCGUUGGCUCCUCUUCCAUUUGAACUUGUCACCUCUGCAGCACAGAAGGCCAAGGAAUUAUCCUCGGAUAAAGGUGGGAAUGAUCGGAGUAAGGCUGCUAGAGAUUUGAAUGAUCUUACUGGAGAAGGAAACAUUGAAAGUAUGCUUUCAGUUGAGAUGGGUUUGAGAGAGCUAGCAUCAUUAAAGGUUGAGGAUGCUAUCAUGCUUGCAUUCGCCCAGCAGAGAAAACCAAGUUUGAUUCGUCACACUGCUUCUGAUUCCAAAGGUCAUGGAGAGUCCAGAUUUAUAGAUGCAUAUGAAUUGGGUGAAGCGGAACAAGAAGACGUUACGUUUAAGCAGGCAUGGCUGUUGUACUUCUGGAGCAGAGCUAAGUUACAUGGUGUGGAAGAAGACAUUGCAGAGGAACGUUUCCAGUUAUGGAUCAGCCGUAGCAACGGGAAAUCUCCGACUUCUCACGAUUCCUUGGAUGUGGAAAGAGGUUUAACAGAGCUAAGGAAACUGGGCAUAGAGCAACAGUUAUGGGAAGCUUCUCGAAGAGAAAUCGAUCAGCUUCCAUCUCCUACUUCCUCUCCUUCGAAUCACGAUCUCGACGCUGAUUCAUAGUAUUAAAGUUUUUCCUCUCUUAUAAUUUGUUGUUUCUUCUCUCUCUCUGAUAGAAUGAAAUUUUCGUUUUGUAUAUUUCUCUUCAUGUAAGUUUCACGAAGAAUCUGUGUGCCAUUGUUUUUUUUUUUCCUUUUACUUUUCACAGUUGCCUGUGUAAGCUUUGGUAUUCUUAUUUUCAAAUCCAACAAGUUUUGGGAAAAGAAGAGGCAC